ACAAUAGCCGAUUUUAACCUCAUAAUUUAAAAUUUUUACAUAUAAAUAUAAAUAUCAACAAAUAACAAACAAAUAUCAUAAUAUAAACAAAUCAUCCUACUAUAAACAAAUUAAUCCUAUAUAUAUAUAUAUAUAUAUUCAGUGCAUGGUCCUUCAAGCAUAACUUGGCAUAUACUUACACAUACUCAUAGCCAUACACUCAAUUCUUGCUGUUAUUAUCAUUAUAUAGGAUAUUUAUUGAUUGAAAUAUGUCAACUCAUCAAAGAAAACUAAGUAAAGCUUCUUUCUAUAUUGAUAUAGAAAAGUCUGCUUCCGAUAAUAAUACUAUUAAUCAAGAUUCAUUAUCAUCAGGCCAAAAUAAUGAAUCAUCCAUUAAUAGUAUCAAUAUCGAUAAUCCUCAUCAUAUCAAUAUAGAAAAUUCUCAUAUUGAAAACGAAAUUAAACAAUUAUUAAAAGAUGAUUCUUCCCAUUCAUCAUCAUCAAAGAAAUCAAAUUUAUGGAUUAAAAUCUUUACUUUCAUCUUUUCAUUAUUAAUCAUUUUAACUUUAAUUAAUUUCUUAUGUUUUGUCAUUAUGAAUCAUAAAGCUCAAUCAAAUAAAUUAAAUAAUAUUAAUCUUGAUGAUGAAGAUAUUAUUAUUCCUCCUCCAUCUAUUAAUAUAGCUAAAAUAUCAAAUGAACUUAUAACAUCAACUAAGUCAAUUCCUAAAAAGGAAAAACCUUCAAAACCAAUCUUAACUUCAUUCACUAUGACUCCUGAAGAAUAUCAACAACAAUAUAAACAAUAUCAAGAUCAACCUGUUUUACCUCAUAAUAAUUUCUUUCCUUAUAAAGAUGAUUCUUCUUCUUCAACUUCAUCUGAUCCACCAUCAAUGAUAAAUGUUCCAGGGGCCUCAACCAUAUCGUCCACAUCAAAAUUAUAUGAUCAACAAGUACCACCACAACCACAUAUGAUUGUUCAUGUUGAAAAUGAAUCUGAACUUGAUCAAUCUUCAACUUUAACUAAAGCUCAAUCUGAUUUAAAAGAAAUCUUUGCUGUAAAUCCCAUCAUCCUUAUUUCCAAUAAUAAUCAAUUUCAACAUAAAUUUGAAACAAUCUUAAUGAAUAUCAAUAUUCAUCCUGAACCAAAAAUUGUUAAUUUAAUCAAACAUCCAAAUUAUAAAUCAAUCUUAUCCUAUCUUGAAUCAACAUUUGAAGAUUUAAAUGAUGAUGACAAUGUUGAUUAUAAAGAAUUAGAUGAAGAUGAUAAAGAAUCUUUACAUCAACUUAAUAAAGGGGAUAAUAUCCCUCGAUUAUUCAUUGGUGGAGUCCCUCAUGGAAAUUAUUAUAAGAUUUUAGACUUGUUUGAAAAAAAUCAAUUACAAUCUUAUUUAAGAGAAAAUGGGAAAGGGAAAAUCACCAUUGGUUAAUCUAAUCUAAUCAAUUCAUGUCUUGUUUGUUUUGAUUGUUUUUAUUGUUUGUUUCAUGUUAAUGUCCCAUCAUAUUUCAUCUAUUUAUUUAUUUUACGACCAUUUUACUUUUGAAAAGUUUAUAUGAUACCCCCUUCCCUUGUUAAUUGGUUAAUUAGUACCGUACCCUGUUUUUGAUUGCUUUUAUGUUAUGGUGAUAUCCUAUCCAAA